CGAAGGUACUUCGGGCGAGGUUGCCUUCGUUCUGUUUGAAGGAGUGGUCACUGAUGACCGUUCUUUUAUAAUAAGCGUGGUUUUCUAAAUAAACAAAUGUAAAUAUGUCAGUUAAUGUGCAACUUUUAUUUUUGGCGAUUUUCAUGUUAAUAUCUACUGGACUGGCUCUCAAUUGCUACCAGUGUUCUGGCAGUGACCCAACAAAACCGUUUCAGUGUAAUGAAUGGCUUAAUAACGAUAUAGACCUACAACCAGAGCCGUGUGACGACGUGUAUGGUGCAAAAUAUUGUGUAAAACACAUAGGAAGAAACGAGGGAGGAGUCGGAGCCAAGCGUUUCUGUUCUUCACUGGAUUUCGGCAACUACUGCAAUUAUGUAAAACAACCCGGCGAUGAAUUGCAAUAUCGUACCUGUGUGUUCACUUGUUCUGGGGACGGUUGCAAUCCGGCCACGACCAUAACGCCAAAUAAAUUUGUGUACCUAUUCAUGCCUAUUGCCAUAUUUAUGUUAGGCUUUUUUACACGAUGACCAUAUGUUCAAUAUAUUAGUAAUAUUUAUUAAUUGUGUAAAUAAGAUAUAUAACUAAUAAAGUACCUUUAUUUUUCA